AGCUCGAAGAUCUAAUACAGAUGUUUUGUGGAGUUACGUUCAUUUUUAUUGUGACAUGUGACCAAAAAUCUUGAGUUCUGGACCUGGAAACAUGCUACUCAUUUUCAGCGACGGCAACGUUGUGAUUACUUGUCUAGAAGAUAUUUAAAGUUGUCAACACUCAACAGUAACGUCAAAUGUAAACUUGUUUUGCUGCUAGAUUUAUAGAGCUUAUUUUACUAGUUUACUUCCCAUAAAUCGUUUUUCGACCACGAAUUCCUACUACCUGAAGAAAAACAGGUGUUAUUAAAAUGGUGGUUUGCAAGUUUUUUUUAGAAGGAAGAUGUAGAUUUGGUGCUAAUUGCAAGAAUGAACACACCCAAAGUGAGAAAUUUGGUCGCAUUGGAAACGCCUACCAACAACAAUCAUUCAAUCAGCCAGUAAGGCAGCAAUACUUUCCACAGCAACAGAAACUCAAAGAAAGCCAACAGCAAGAAACAAACCUUGAAAGCUUACUCUAUGUUGUAAAAGAUGAUGCUACCAAUUCUAUGCAAGGAGGUCAAUGGUUGUUUUCAUGUUAUGCUCCUCUGCUUCGGAAAUUUUCAAAAAUUUCCUUUAACAAAAAUGAGGAAAAUCUUCCUAGCCUAAUAGACUACAGUGCUGAAGAGCUUAAAUGGGAAGCAAUGCAAAGCAGCAUGAAUGGACAAUUCCAUGAUUAUACUGUUAAGCUUCAAAAGCUUUCUCAAAGCUAUCAAACCAUUCAAAGGGCUUUGCAAAAUCUUGAUCAAGCCACUUCAAACUAUAUAGUCCGAUAUGAGCGUGGUGAAAAUGUCAGUCCAGCUGGCACAGCGCUAGGAAAUAUUGUCUCGUCUUUUCCUGCAGUCAACACCAUUUCCAAUAGCCCAUCUCAAUUUAGCUUCACCCUGCCGUCUACUCAAAAUCCCAUUCAGGCUCCAAUUCAGCAACAACAAACAGCUGUUGCCCCUUUUAAAUUUCAAUUGCCUUUACAACAGCCUGCUGGAGCAUCUUUCAGUUUCCACUUAACUCCCCAGAAGCCAGCUGCUGCAUCUUUCAGCUUUAAGUUGCCAUCUCACCAGCCACAGUCUUUAAUAAACACAGCUGUCACCAAUGAGCAUAAUGCUACAACAAGACAGAUACCUGUUUCAACUAUUCCUCUUAUUACUGAAAACAUUUCCCAUCAUCAGCUGAGUCAGAUUGACCUUGAUCAGUUUAAGGCUGAUAAAUUUUCAUUCGGCAAGAUCCCCCGUGUUCCACCGCCUAUAGAAUUACGCUAAAUUGUCAGUGUAACUCUGCUGGUUUCGUCUUGUUAAUUCAACUUCAUCUAGAGAUAAUUACUGGAAAAUUAAAUAAAAAUAAAUAAAAAAUA